UUAAGGGAAAGUCUGCCGCAAUACGAGUGCCUCGUGCACUUCCUUUCAACUUGGCUCAGUUUCUGGGACAGAAUAACAGCGUCUGGAGCCAACAGUAAAGGGAAACACUUAAUGUGUGCCGUGGCUGCAGGCAAGAUCAAUAUAAAAAGUCUAGGGUUAUUAAACGUCAUCACAACUUUUUUCUUUUUUGUCUCCAACCACAGGUUCGGAAACGACAACUCCUGGACGUUCUAAUGGAAUAGAGAAAGAAGGCGCAAGAUGAAUAAUAAUAAAAAAAAUCCUUCAUAAACAGCCGAGUACACACAGGAGGGGCGGGAGCUGGCGGGCCGUGGUCCUUAGAGGGAAUAGUUCAAAUAUCGGACUUUUACACUUACAUAAACUCAAUUUUGCAUUUGUACACGUUCGCUGGGCGAUAAAAUAUGGCUUUAAUCUGACGAAAUUAGGACAAUUUCUGUCUACUUUUUAACACCCCACCACCCCCUGGGAUGGGGCUCGGAACUCACGCUGUGUUUGCUAAUCUGGAGCGCUGCACUGAUUUGAAUGGCAACUCCUGCGCACCUCCCUUCGGGAUAGGGGUUUGGCUCUGGGAUUUGUUGACUGAUGACUGAGCUCCUCUGGGUCAAGAGCGUAUAAAAUGCGCGGGUACCCCCAGUAGCACAGAAUUUAUGACAGGACGGGACCUCCCUCUCGCGGACGCACUCUCGUGUAUUUAUCUCGUCUUUCUUUUUUCUUUCUCGUUGGUUGUUUUUCUUCCUACAUUUGCCAGUGGAUGUGCUACUGACACGACCAUGAAGAUAUUCAGCCUGACCGCCGUCUUGUUCUGGAAGCUGGGGUGGUUAACUUGGGCUGCCGCUUCUCGACUCAAAACUGCUUCGUUGCCUAUCCAGCCGGAGACAGAACCGAUUCCGUCCAAAGGCGUGUCAGGUUGCUCCUUCGGAGGAAAGUUCUACUCUCUUGAGGAUACCUGGCACCCAGACCUUGGUGAGCCAUUUGGAGUGAUGCAUUGUGUCAUCUGUCACUGUAACUCGCAAAAAAAUCGCAGGGGGAAGGUGUCUGGGAUAGUUACCUGCAAGAACAUUAAACAAGACUGCCCUGAGCCAAGCUGUGCUGACCCAGUCCUUCAGCCAGGACAGUGCUGUAGAUCUUGUCCUAAAGCUCACUCCAUGGCCUCAGAAAAAAAAACAGAACCUCUUUUUGAUGGCUUUGAGUAUUUCCAAGAAAAGGAGAGUGAUCUUCACAAAACCUAUAAUGACCGCUCUUACCUCAGCUCAGAGGACAUGUCCCAGGAGGACAGGAGACUCGAUUUUGUUUCUCUCCUGAUGGGAGCUGUAACUACCUCCUGGAUGCCAGGCUCAAGUGGAGUGGCACGUGCCCGGCUCACACUCUCCCGAUCAAAUCUUGUUUUCUCCAUUUCCUUUGAAAGGAUGUCACGCCCUGGAAAGGUGCUCUUUUUGGACAAAGAUGGAACCUUGGCCUUCCAGUAUCCAGUAAUCAAAAAUACCGCUUCUCUGCAGCCAAACACAAUCUGUGGCAUCUGGGCCAACCUUCAGAAGUCUCACUUGCGGCUUUUGAAAUCAGAACAGAUCCACAUUGCCCUUGUGUCUUCCACAGGGCAGGAAGAGGAGAUUCGGGGGAAAGUCAUCAAGCACAGGGCAUUGUUUGCAGAAACCUUCAGCUCCAUAUUGACUCCUGAAUCGAUGCAUGCUGGAAUGGGAGGCAUUGCCCUGCUAACUUUGAGUGAUGUAGAAAACAACCUGCACUUCAUCCUUAUCUUUGAAGGCCUUCUAGAGAAAAGAGACAAAGGUCAGCCCUUAGUGCCCAUCCGUGUCCAGCUGCUCUACCAUCACCACAUCUUAAGAGAGGUGCGGGCCAAUGUCACAGCCCAUGAUCCAGAUUUUGCUGAAGUGUUGACUAACCUCAACAGCCGUGAGAUGUUCUGGCUUUCUCGUGGCCAGCUGGAAAUAGCGGUGCAAGCAGAAGGCACAGCACCAAGGCGCAUUUCUGGGUACAUUACUGGGAAGAAGUCAUGUGACACCAUCCAGAGUGUGCUGUCUAGUGGUGAUGCCCUCACGCCAAGCAAAAAUGGAGCUGUGGGAUCUGCUGUGCUUACACUGCAUGAGAACGGAACCCUGGGAUAUCAGGUUCAAGUGGCUGGACUGACCAGCAAAGUGACUGGAGUAACUAUUGAGACAAAGCCUCGGCGUAGGAACAGGCGCAAUGUUUUGUAUGACAUGACUGAGGACUACAGGGAUGGACGUGUGGAGGGCACAUGGGACCAUCUGAAUGCCCGUGACAUUCAUAUGCUGCUGCAGAAUGAACUGUUUCUCAAUGUGGCUACCGCAGAUUAUGAAGAGGGGGAACUAAGGGGUCAGAUUGUGUCCCUGCUGUACAGUGGCUUGCCAGCAAGACUGGAAGAGCUGCCUGUUCCUCUAGCUGGUCAGUUUGUGUCACCUCCUGUCCGGACAAGCACAGCAGGACAUGUUUGGAUCUCUGUGGAUGAUUACUGCCACCUUCACUAUCAUAUAGUGAUGGCUGGCCUCAGUAAAUCUGAAGAUUCCACCAUCAACGCUCACCUGCAUGGCUUUGCUGAGAUUGGAGAGCUGGACGAGAGCAGUGAGCACAAGCGGCUUCUCAAGGGCUUCUAUGGGUCAGAGGCACAGGGCAUCCUGAAGGACCUCAGCAAAGAGCUGCUCCGGCAUAUAGACAGGGGCACCGCCUUCAUCCAAGUUAGCACCAAGCUGAACCCACGGGGGGAGAUCCGGGGAAGGAUACACGUGCCCAAUCCAUGUGAAUCUGGAUCCCUGGCGCCAGCUGAAGGCAGCGACUUUCGCUUCAGCCCAUUUGAAGAAGUGAAUCAGGACCCUGAGGAAAUCAAGAAAGACCCCAAUUCCUGUUUCUUUGAGGGCCAGUAUCAUGGGCAUGGUGCCCGAUGGGCUCCACAGUAUGACAGGAAGUGCUCCAUUUGCAUCUGCCAGAAGAGGACAGUGAUCUGUGACCCUGUGAUCUGCACCCCAUUGAACUGCACUCAGGUGGUCCACCCUGAGGACAAGUGCUGCCCAGUCUGUGCAGAAAAGAAGGAGACAAAACAAAUUGAGAAGUCCGAAGAGCACCUGGCAGGCUGCUAUUUUGAAGGUGACAGAAAGAUCCACGCACCAGGCACUACCUGGCACCCAUUCGUCCCACCAUUUGGCUACAUCAAGUGUGCUGUCUGUACCUGUAAGGGGUCCACCGGAGAAGUCCACUGUGAGAAAGUGAAUUGUCCCAGACUGACCUGCAGUAAUCCUGUGAGACGCAGCCCAUCUGAUUGCUGCAAAGAGUGUCCUGCUGAAGAGAAGAUGCCCUUUGACCUCUCUGAGAUGAUGCAAGCUGAUGGGCCACGAGCAUGCAAAUUUGGCAAAAACUGGUAUCUUAACAACGAGAGCUGGCAUCCUCAGGUUCCACCUUUUGGAGAGAUGAAGUGUGUCACUUGCUGGUGUGAUGAUGGUGUGACCAAGUGCCAGAAAGAACAGUGCCCAUCACUGACAUGCAGCAAAACCAUAAGAAAGGAGGACAAGUGUUGCGCCGAGUGCCAUGGCUCUCAGGAUGAUGAAGAGGACGAAGAAGAAAAAAAGUAUACUCCUGGAUUUUAAGACACCUGAAUGGAUGUUAAAAAAUGCAUAAAAAUUAAAGGUGCUGGAGUGGUACCUAAAGCUGCAGAAACUUGCUGGACAAGAGUUGACCUUAAGGACACUUUAAUUUGGCUUUUAGUAUUUCUGCAAGCAUGUGACUGCAUGUACCUAUCCAAUCCACCCACUCCAUCUGCUGUCCAAGCUUGGCAGGCAUUACAACACAGACUUCAGAGCAGACCAGGAUGACUACUCUCAUCUUUGGAAGAAAUGUUAUUUAUUUAUUUAUUUGGAAUAAAAGUUUGGAACAUGGAUGGAAUGGCAGGUUGAACCAACAGGAAAUGAACGCUGGACAAGAACCUCCAAGUUGUAGUGUGGAUACCGGGAAAGCACACCCAACUAAAAGAUGCAUUCACUUCUCUACUUGGAUUCUCACCGUUUCCACUGCACUCACUGCAUUUUUAACGUUGCCUCGUUUGUAGGAAAAAAAAUGGACGUUUUUGAUGUGCAAAUGAACCUGAAAGCCCUUGUGCUGUCAUUGUAGUGUGAAUGGGGGCAGGGGAGUUACUUGUGGACACAGCUGAUCACAGGGGGCCGGGGGACCUAACGGUAGGAAUAAAGCAAUCUGGGAUGCAUAAGGCAGGCAGGAGGGCAUGCUUGAGAAAGGAUCUGUAGAAAACAAAGGAGUUGGGGGAGUGUCUCCAUAAGAAAUACAGAGGAAGACAGAGGCAGAUAGAUGAGAGUGGGUCCAAAGGAAAUGUAGGAAGAAAGUGGCUGCUGUAAGAUAUCAUAAAAGAGUGAGGACUUUGAUGGUCACUGGACUUAAUAAAGUGCUCAUGGACCCAACAGGGGCAAGAUUUGAAAGAGACAAGUGGGUUUAUAAAAGAAGAGGGCAGCAGUGUAGGUCUCUGACAAUGUUUCAAGAGAAUUAAAAAUAUACAUUUUGUUAUACUGUAUAUCACCAAGAAAAAGAGAAAGGGAGAAAGAAAAGGCACAAGGACAAUGUGUGUUGGGGUCCUGACCUUGCAAGAAAACUGUCUGGUGAACAACUCUGCACACUUGUGUAAUUGGCCUUUCAUAUGCAAGGAGAAGCAGAGUGGUAGUGGUGGGGAAGUUCUUAUGACGCUGGAGCCCAAAAGCUCACUGGUGGUCUUUGUGUUGCAUUACAACAUACCCAUGCUGAGCAUUAUAUAGCAAGGCUGAUGUUGUCAUGGGGACCACAAGACCACCUGCAGCAUAGCGGGGAGGGGCUUAAGGUGGAGCACUUACUGGCUGCUCCACCUAUUUCCUAUUAUUCCUUUCUUCUCUUCAGGUAUAGUUUCCCAGCUUUCUAUAUGGAUGAGAGGAGGUGGGCAUGCCUUCCCCUGCCCUGCACAGUCAUGUCAUUCAGAUGUUCUUAUGUUCUUUUAGAAGUUUUGUAUUUAUUGAAAAAGCAAAAGAGUGCAAAUGUAAAGAAAGAAUA